CUACGUAUCACCUGUCGCUAAAUACUAUACACAUUCUUCUUAUACACACCCACACUUCCGAAAUGCCGCUACUCGUUUGUGAAGAGAUCGGCUGCGUUGGAAGCGCAGUCAGAGGCAAAGCUUGCUUGCUAUGCCGACGUCGCCUAUGCAGCGAGCAUCUCAAACCCCAGGUCCAUCGUUGUCCAGACUGGCAGAACAAUAAUGAAAUAGAUGCAUGGGAGGUAGCGAGUGAACACGCCACACGCGACGAGAUCAGCGCGCUCGCUGCGGCUAUCGAUAUCCAGGCUCUGGAGCGUCAGGCGUCGCUCCUCAGAGGCGGCGUCAGCUGCAGCGUGACACCUCUCAAAUACGACCCCGAAACGAUUCAUAAGGUCAUGGGCGGCAUGAACUACCAUAUCAUAAUCCGCUUCCUCGACGGAAUCGAGUGGAUCUGCCGAAUCCGUCGAAACAACGCGUCCUCACCUCCGCAGGAAGUCCAAAAUGCUAUCCUUCUGAGCGAAGUAGCGACUCUCAGAUUUUUAACUUCUACCGAAGUGCCUGCCCCGAAAGUACACGGAUAUGCUACAUUUGGCGAUGGCAACCCGGUUGGUAUGGGCUAUAUCCUCAUGAACAAGCUUCAAGGCCGUCCGUUGGAUCUGCAUGAAGCUACACCUGAACAGAAACGUCGCUUCAUGAGCCAAUUCGCGGACAUAUUUGCUGAGUUGUCUGCUCAUCCCUUCCCCACCAUCGGCUGUCUAUUGUCGUCCGCAUCGGGCAAUGUGUCAGUUGGCCCAAUCGUUACGGAGACCACUAUUCGCACAGCCGGAAACCAAGUAAUCUUCGCUGGACCCUUCUCAAGCGCCAGAUUCUAUCGACUUCACGUCCUCGAACUUGUCCUCGAGCUCAUCCGUCAAGAGGAGAUAUACAUCGACAGGCCGUUGGAUGCUUACCUCGUUCACCGCGCCCUCCUCGACAACUUGUCUUCGCUCGUCGGCGCCGACACUAACUGCGGCCCAGGCUUCUAUCUGAAGCACAUGGACGAUAAGGGCGAUCACAUUCUCGUUGACACAGAAUUCAACAUUGUCGGAAUCAUCGACUGGGAGUGCGCGCAGACCGUCCCCAAGUCAGAAGCUUUCGCGUCCCCGCUGUUUAUGCUCGACGUCAGCGAGUACUAUAGUGGGAAUAAUAGCCUUAGCGACACAGAAGAGCUAUUCAUCGAGACAUUACAGCAAAAACAAUAUCUCGAGCUCGCUGCGCUGGUGAGUUUUGGCAGAGUCCAACACAGGAUCAUGCAUUGCGUCAACGGCGCUCUUGACGACCCCGAGUUUCCCAACGUCUUUAUGACACUCCUUCGCCUGCUCCUUGGGGAGUCCAACAUGGUCAUGGAUAGUUGGGAUAGUUGGCGAGCUGAUUCUUUGGCCAGGUAUUGUGAAGAUCCUGAUGUCCAUGCAUUGUUCCUUGAACCAGGGCCCGCAAACUGAUACUGACGUUUCUGUAAAUCGAAAUUAGUACUUGAGAGUCGUAUGUUAUUUGACACGUUGAGACCUUUGUUGUCACUAUUCCGGUCUUAGCAGAAGUCGGUUCCUCUCGACAAUAUGUCACCCAUCAAUCUGUACUGAACUCGA